AAAAUCGUCCGGCAACAAGGAAGCACGCCACUACUUCUUUGCACUUCGCACAAGUCUAUGGAGCGGAUUGAAUUGAUUGCAACAGGGUAAUCGAUUCCUUUCUCCACUUCCGCAAGAAACCUCUGAACUGGCGUCGACUUGUUGAUUUGUUGUUCCACUGGAUUUGCUGUGCUCUUUAGCUUGGUAAUUUCGUGUUGGGAGCUAGGGUUUCGUUGGAGGCGAGGGGGAUGGGGAGAUGGGUAAGGAGUUGCUUGCAAUCGAUGCUGAAGAUGGUGAACUCGGUGAUUGGGUUGUUAGGGAUGGGAAUGAUCAUGUAUUCCAUGUGGAUGUUUCGAUCCUGGUACAAGCAAUUCGAUGGUUUUCCUUCUAGCUUCGAUUCCUCUCCUCCAUGGUUCAUUUACAUUUUUUUUGGUCUGGGCAUCUUCCACUGCUUGAUAACCUGUGCUGGUCUCAUUGCAGCUGAAACAGUUAACAUCCACUGUCUUUCUUGUUACAUGUCAUUUGUCUUUCUGCUAAUCGUUUCGGAAAGUGCAAUUACUGCUGAUAUAUUUCUGAAUAAAAACUGGGAGGAGGAUUUCCCAGAGGAUCCAACUGGUAAAUUUGAUGAGUUAAAGAAAUUUGUGCGAUCAAAUCAGGAAAUGUGCAAAUGGAUAGGUUUGCUAAUUGUGGCUGCACAAGCAUUAUCUAUCAUCUUGGCUAUGGUGCUAAAAGUUCUUGGCCCCAACAUUGAAACCGACUAUGACAGUGACGAUGACUACAUCCCUGCUAGGCUCCCGCUUUUGAGAAACCAAUCUCAACCCAAUUUAACUCUAAAGAACUAUUCCUAGAAUGUCAAACUUUGAACAAAUUUGACAAUUACCUGUGCCUCCCCUCCCAAAGAAUAUUAAAUUUUGGUUGGUGGAGACUUUCAGUGCUGGGAUGCAAGUUACUUUUGUCUUGUGCUAACUAUUUUCAGAAUUGUUCCUAACAUAAUACUUUUCAACUUUCUGAUCCAUCAGUGUAGCUCUGCAGUUUGUAUCCAAGAGCGUGGCAAGUAUUUAUUUUUUUUAUUACAGCCACCUCCAAAAUAAAAUUUGCUCUUCAUGUUGCAGUUUUA